GUCACCUCCCACAACUUCCUCUCUCUUGGCUACAACAACAUCGCAUCGCCACCAUGGACGAGUCACAGCAAGAGAAGAUUGCCCAGUUCGCUUCAGUGACAGGUGCUGAUCCCACUGUGGCACAAACAGCGCUGGCUGCAUCAGACUGGAACCUCGACGAAGCUGUGAGCUUGUUCUUUGCUGCCGGAGACGAGCAGCCAUCAACAGACGAAAACGACGAGCCCUCGGCCUCAGCGCCGCCACCGGCAGAGUCCAAUCCCCAGACCGCGACGUCCUCCGGCAAGCCGAAGACCAACAAGAAGUCCAAAGGUCCAGUCACCAUUCGCGACUUGCAGGGAGGCGACGAAGAGGACGAAGAGGACGACAAGAAGCGCGAUCUCUUUGCUGGCGGCGAGAAGAGUGGACUGGCUGUGACUGAUCCGAAUCAACGCAAUGGACCUCGUGAUCACUUUCGUAAUAUCAUGGAUCAGGCACGUCAGAACCGCGAUCGGCCAGGUGGCAGUGGAGAUGAGGAAGAGACGACACGAAGCAGCCACUUUAUGGGACGGGCGCAGACAUUGGGAGGCGAUGAUGCCCCCAGCAGAGUGGUUCAGGACCCCGCUGCUGCUUCUGCUGCUCGUGGCCAACCACCAGCGCCACGAGUUACGAGAACGUUGCACUUGUGGGCAGACGGCGUGAGCAUUGACGAUGGACCACUCCUACGAUUCGACGAUCCGGCCAACGAGCGCAUCAUGCAGGAGAUCAACAAUGGACGAGCACCGAAGGCACUGCUCGACGUAAUGCCAGAUCAGGAAGUAGAUCUCAAUCUGGAACCUCACAAGGGAGAGAAUUACGUCGCGCCGAAGCCCAAGUACAAGCCGUUCGGUGGAUCUGGCCAGCGUCUGGGCUCACCUACGCCUGGACUUACUCCUGCAACCGCUCCCGCAUCAAGUGCUUCUGCCGCCGCAGCAUCGUCGUCCGUUCCUAAGCCAGCAGAAAUGCAGGUGGAUGAGCAACAACCCACUCUCCAACUGCAGGUGCGCCUCGGUGAUGGCACACGCCUCGCAUCGCGCUUCAACACAACACACACAAUCGGCGACGUCUAUGCAUUUGUCGACCGCGCAUCUCCCGCAUCGCAACAACGUGCCUACGUCCUCCAGACCACGUUUCCUACUCGAGAGCUUGCGGAUAAGUCAGUGGUCUUGGGCGAGAUUAAUGACUUCAAGCGUGGUGGAGUAGUUGUACAAAAGUGGACUUAGAAAAGGGUCAUGGGCAAAAAGAACUGAUGCAUUUUGAUCGGAGUCUGGAGCGUAGGCAGACAAAAAGCCUGAUCUGAUACGGAUCCGCCGGUCCAAAACGGGCGCUACGAUACCCAGGAAGUGGAUGUAGACUACACGUAACUUAUGAAAAGACGUAUGAAUGAGACUAUCUCACCCCAUGUGCUUCACUCGACGGUCAGCAGAGUCACAUGUAAGCGAACAGGUGAUUAUUUACGUGGACAUCCUAUCUCGCCAGAUGUUAGUGACGUCUAGCACGAUGUUCGAGAAGACUGGCUGAGUCUACCAUGUGUCCAUGAGAAGCGUCGAAGUCUAGAAUCUCUCGAGCCUCGCACGUUCAAUUUCUUGAUAGCUGUACUCAAUUGAACGUUGACGAGCCCAGCAAUGUGGCGCCUCUUGUAUGCUUUGCGCGCUUACACCACAUGCCAGUUGUAGCGCGUGAAGAGCGCUUCGUCCCAAUGCAAAGAAGCCCUUCGCAGUUUGUCCCAUAAUCUUUUCAGACAAAACAGCUGCAGAUUCCCGCCCUUUCUCUCCCCCAAAACAAACGCCAUGCUCCUGUAACCCAAUCCAUCUGUACAUCCAUUCCCAGCAGCCAACCAUCGGUAGUAUCUCUCUCUUCUUCCACCCCCUCAAUCCUAACGCUUCUUCUUCGGUCCCCUUCUCGUUUCAUUCUUCGAAUUCUUCUUCUUCGGCGCGCCCUUCCCUCUCGACUUCGCAAUCUGCAAAUGCUCCAACCGAUCCUCCUCAAAAUCAUCAUACAGCUCAUAUCCGGGAUACAUGCGUUUCAAAUUCACAAACGUCGCCACGCGUCGAGGGUAGUAGGUUGCGAGAGCGGGGCCUCGAAGUCGUUGGCGCAAAACUUUGUUGCCGAGUCGUUGGCCGGUGGGGUUGAAGGUGGUGUUGAAGAUGCGGCAUUGCACUUUGAGGAGGUCGAGGAUGCGGGUGCGGGGGAUGAGGGACAUUGUGAGAUGAGGGAUUUGG